ACAUCUCUGUUGCUUCUUUCUUUCUUAAACUCAUUUUUGGGGGGAUUUAUCUUCAAGAUGAAGUUUGAGAAUGUGCUGGCAGAGGUUAACGGAUUCGGGAGGUUUCAAAUAAGGACAAUCCUUCUGCUGGUAAUUCCUCGCAUGACUUUGCCUUUUCACUUUCUGCUAAAUAAUUUCAUUGCAGCCAUUCCGUCUCACCACUGCAACUUCAGCUCUCUGGAUGAUGGAGACCUUUUCAGGAAUUUAUCUGAGCAGGAGAAGCUUGUUGUUAGUGUCCCCAUUCAGCAGGACGGGAGUCUGCACUCUUGUCAGAUGUUUGCAGAGCCUCAGUAUCAUCUGAUUUUGAACGGCACCAACAGCUCCGACCCACUGACAAUACCAUGCAAGAACGGCUGGUGGUACGACAACAGCACCUUUAAAUCCACUCUGGCCUCACAGUGGGAUUUGGUUUGUGAUCAGAAAAGCAUGAACAGAGCUACAGCUACCAUCUUUUUCUUGGGUGUCAUGUUUGGAGCAGCAAUAUUUGGAUAUCUCAGUGACAGGAUUGGCCGCAAAAGAACACUUCUGGUGUCCUACAUAGCAACCACCCUCUUUGGAUUUGCAAGUGCUUUCUCAUAUAAUUUUCCCAUGUUCGUUGCUAUGAGAUUUUUAACCGGACUGGGAAUUUCUGGAAUAAGCAUAGUUUCCAUCGUCCUUUGUGUGGAGUGGGUGGACAUCAAGCAUCGGACGUACGUGGGUGUUCUAAUGAGCCUGGACUGGAGCUUUUCUACUGUAGUACUCCCUGCUCUGGCCUAUUUUGUGAACGACUGGAGGUCUCUGACUGCCACUGUGACAGUCCCGCUGCUUGCAGCUAUGAUGACUUGGCGCUGGCUCCCUGAGUCUGCUAGAUGGUUGAUAAGCACUGGAAAGGUGGAUGAGGCUCAUUUUUACCUUCAUGAGUGUGCCACCGUCAACCACAGAAAGGACUUCAUGACAGACCUAAAGCCCGAAGUUUUGUCUAAAGUAAUACUGGUGGAGGAUGAAAACAGAAAAUAUUCCUAUGUAGACCUUGUGAAAACCCCCAGAAUGAGACAACUGGCACUUCUGACUGGAAUGGUUUGGUUUGGAGUGGCUUGUACCUACUAUGGAAUUAGCUUGAAUGUCACUGGGUUCGGUGUGAACAUUUAUCUCACACAGUUCAUCUAUGGAGUGACAGAAGUUCCAGCAAAAGCCUUCAUAGUCUUCUUUUUGAACAAGAUAGGCCGAAGGUUGACUCAAGUGGGAACACUUGUACUGACAGGACUUUGCAUCUUCUCUAACAUUUUUAUCCCUCAAGAUCAGGUGGUUGCACGGACCACUGUGGGAGCUUUGGGGAAGAUGUUUGCUGAAGCUGCAUUCACCACUGUAUUUCUGUACACUACAGAGCUGUAUCCCACUGUCAUGAGGCAAAAUGGGUUAGGAUACAGCUCCUUCAUGGCUCGUAUAGGAGUUUCUGUUUCCCCUCUGAUGAUGAUUCUUGAAGACACGUGGAUUCACCUUCCAAACACCAUUUUUUCUGUAGUGGCUUUUGUAGGAGGACUAUCUGCUUCUUUUCUCCCUGAAACUCGAAACGUCCGUCUUCCAGAGACCAUAGAGGACGUAGAACAAACAAGGUAAAAUGACACGGCUUGUUCAAAAUCUCGUCCUUAAACCCUAUAUUAAGAAUCACUUUUGCACUUUUCAUUUUCCAACAUUCUUAGAACUUUAUGUAAAACAAUGAAUAUGUGUGUAUGUUUUUGUUUGUUUAUUUUUUUAUAGAAGACGAUCAAUUCCAACAAGUGACGAAAAAUCAGCUUCAUGAAGACUUUCUUCAACGCAAACAAAGCAUUAACCAAUGAAUGAUGGCAACUGCUGAAAAACGUCAAUCUACGGUUUUGGUACUGGAUGUGUUUUCUGUCAGGAGUCAGAGCUCUGUCUCCCCCUCUGGCCAGUGGCGGGAGUACUGAAUGCACUUCAUCUCCCAUCAAUCCCAGCACACAGUUCCUGAAUGCUGCUCCCCUGACUCAUCUCCCAUUCAACCACAUUAAGCACUGCACAGAGUCUUGCUCGGUGCGAAGUAUUGUUUGUGCAAAUCUGCCUGCAUUACCGAAUGUUUCUAUCUGGACCUGAUCUUCUGUUUUUGCUUUAUCUCUGAUUGCCUCCCCUGACCAUCGCCUGGACCCUGACUACUCUAGUUUUUUUCCUUUGAUGUCCCCAGGCUUGUGAUUGACCUCUGCCUGUCUGACCCUGAUUUACCUUUGUGGAAUUUCAGCUGUGCUUGGUUCCUGACUGAACUAAUAAACCUGCUGCAAGUGGAACCAGCUGUCUUUCUAUUUGUGAUAUUUACAUUCAAAGCUGUAUUAAAAAUGCUUUAUGCAAAAAUAAAGGUCAUAUAACC